GGAUCUUCGUCGCUGCCGCCGUUGAGCUGCUUCAUGACAGCCAGGCAGCAGCUCUUGUGGUCGCCCUGAAAGCUACCCUCCCUGUCGGCUGUUUGGACUUCCGAGAAGCGCCGAAGAAAUGACUUUACGGUCGAGGAUUUAGCGCUUUUUUUGUUUUUUGAGUACUUGACGCCACCUGAACUGAACUGAACCGAGCUGAACCGCUGCCUUCACCAUGAGAAGCAGGAGCAACUCGGGCGUUAAACUGGACAACUAUGCCCGGAUGGUCCACCAGACUAUCCUGAGACACCAAGAUCCAGUAACUGGCCUCCUGCCGGCCAGCACGGACCAGCCUCACUCCUGGGUCAGAGACAAUGUUUACAGCAUCUUGUCUGUGUGGGCCCUCAGUCUGGCCUACAGGAAGAACGCCGACAGGGACGAAGACAAGGCCAAGGCCUACGAGCUGGAGCAGAGUGUGGUGAAGCUGAUGAGAGGCAUCCUCCAGUGCAUAAUGAGGCAGCUGGAUAAGGUGGAGAAGUUUAAGUACAGCAGGAGUACCUCAGACUCGCUCCACGCCAAGUACAACACGCGCACCUGUGCUACCGUCGUUGGAGACGACCAGUGGGGUCACCUACAGGUGGACGCCACCUCACUCUUCCUGUUCUUCCUCGCUCAGAUGACGGCGUCCGGUCUCCAUAUCGUCUACACCCAGGAUGAAGUGGACGUAGUUCAGAAUCUCAUGUUCUACAUUGAGACGGCCUACAAAGUGGCUGAUUACGGGAUGUGGGAAAGAGGAGACAAAACCAACCAGGGCAUCACUGAGAUCAACGCCAGCUCUAUCGGCAUGGCCAAGGCAGCUCUGGAGGCUUUGGACGACCUAAACCUGUUUGGGGCAAAAGGAGGACCUGGAUCUGUGGUCCACGCCUUGGCUGAUGACAUACAGCACUGCCAGUCCAUCCUGACCUCGAUGUUGCCCAGAGCCUCCAUCUCUAAAGAGGUGGAUGCCGGCAUCCUGGCCAUCAUCUCGUAUCCUGCCUUCGCUGUUGAGGACAUGAACAUCGUCAACAUCACCAAGGAGGAGAUCAUCUCUAAGCUGCAGGGUCGAUACGGCUGCUGCAGGUUUCUAAGAGAUGGACACAAAACGCCUAAAGAGGAUCCGAACCGUCUGUAUUACGAGUCCGCAGAACUGAAGCUGUUUGAAAACAUUGAGUGCGAGUGGCCGCUGUUCUGGACCUACCUCAUCUUGGAUGGCAUUUUUAUCAACAGCCCUGAACAGGUGCAGGAGUACCAGGAAGCUCUGGAGGGCAUCCUGAUCAAGCAGAAAGACGGGAUACGACUGCUGCCGGAGCUCUACAGUGUCCCCCCAGACAAGGUGGAGGAGGAGUAUAUGAACCCUCACUCCGUGGAGAGGAUCCCGAUGGGCAAAUGUCCUCUGAAAUGGGGGCAGUCUCUGUACAUCCUGGGAAACCUUCUGACAGAGGGAUUUCUCGCCCCCGGAGAGAUUGACCCUCUAAACCGACGAUUCUCCACCAUCCCCAAACCUGACGUGGUCGUACAGGUGUCAAUUCUGGCGGAGACUGAGGAGAUCAAACAGCUGCUGCUGAAGAACGGUAUCCACGUGGAGACUGUUGCUGACAUCCAUCCCAUCCAUGUGCAGCCCUCCAGAGUCCUGAGCCACAUCUACGCCAGACUCGGUCGUAACCCGAGGCUGGGUCUGACAGGACGACCCUACAGGAGAAUAGGAGUGCUGGGAACCUCCAAAUUCUACAUCAUCAGGAACACCGUGUUCUCCUUCACACCUCAGUUCAUCGACCACCAGCAGUUCUACCUGGCGCUGGACAACAAAAUGAUCGUGGAGAUGUUGAGGACAGAAAUCGCCUACCUCUCGUGCAGGUGGAGGAUGACCGGACGACCCACCGUCACUUUCCCCAUCUCACAGAGUAUGCUGACUGAAGACCACACAAACCUGGACCCUGCAGUCUUGGCCACACUGAAGAAGCUGCAGGAUGGAUAUUAUGGAGGAGCAAGGAUCCAGACGGGGAAGCUGUCGGAGUUCAUGACCACUUCCUGUUUUGCUCACCUGAGCUUCCUGGACGGUAAGGGUUCUGGCAGCAUGAGCCGCGACGAAGAGUAUGAUGAUGAUGAUGACGGCGAUGGAUACGUGCAUGAGUUACGUUGUGAUGAUGAGGCUGAUGACCUCGCCCAGUACCUGGACCACCUGUUGGCUCACUCUGCCCCCAAGAAGCCCAAACAACAGGUCGGAGGUCUGGGGAGGUUCAAGGCUGCAGCCACCAAAACCAAGGAGAUGGUGUCUCUGAAGAACAAGGCUCAGGACCUCAACGUGCACAAUGUCAACAUGUACCUCUCGAACAAGCUGUUCCGCUCCCCUCAGCCUUCCCUCAACCUGAACCUCCCAGACUCCUCCACACCGCAAGACACUCAGAUCCCAGAGGUGACGGUUACAACAGAGAGCGGCAUCCCCAGAGACGCCAGCGGAGCCAUCGACUACAACGCUUUGGCCCAGCUGCUAAAAGACACGCAGAGUCUCCAGGACCAGGCAGAUAUACUCUACAUCCUCUUCAAAGACAAGGGAAUGGACUGGGACACCCGUCUGCACGGUAAAGGCUCCACGGUGAGAUCUCUGCUGGCCGAACUUUAUGAGAAGGCGGGUGAGCUCAAACACUGGGGCCUCAUCAGGAUGAUCUCUGGCAUGCUGAGGAAGAAGGUGGAGGAGCUCGACUCGGCCUGCUCUGAUUUGCUGGCGCACCAGAAGCACCUGACAGUGGGUCUGCCUCCUGAGCCGAGAGAGAAAACCAUCACCGCUCCCACACCCCCAGACCUGCUGGCUGCCCUCAUCGACGAGGCCAGCGACAACAACAUCAGCGUGGCCAUACUCACUCAGGAGAUCAUGGUGUACCUGGCUAUGAGCAUAAGGACUCAGCCCAACCUGUUCAGUGAGAUGUUCAGGCUCCGCAUUGGUCUGAUCAUCCAGGUGAUGGCCACCGAGCUGGCACAGUCACUCAACUGCUCAGGCGAGGAGGCCACAGAGAGUCUGAUGAGUCUCAGCCCAUCAGAACUGAAGAAUCUCCUCCACCACAUCCUCAGUGGGAAGGAGUUUGGAGUGCAGCGCAGCGUUAGAGAGAUAGACGCAGGCGUUAGUCCUGCCAUCUCCAUCCAUCACCUUGGCAACGUGGGCGCCACCAAGAGCGAGAGAGCCGGCAUCAGCAAACUGAAGAGCGACAUGAAGCUGGCGGAGCACAGGUUGUCCUUGACGGAUCCAUUCAAGGAACCCAGGUUGUCUUUGACCGAUCCGGUCGCGGAGAUGGACCGCAGGGUGUCUUUGACUGACUCAGUCAAGCUCGACCAGUCACUGAUCUCCCCUCGCAAGGGUUUGCGAGCUCACUCUGUGGACAUAGAAAACUUUGAAUCUGGGAGGUACCGGCUGCCGUCCAUAGAGUCUCUGGACAUUCCGGAGAGCAUUCCGGUUGCCAAGGACACCAGACACGGCCAAUGGCUGCGCAGGAGGCGUCUGGACGGAGCGCUGAACCGCGUCCCUGUGGGCUUCUACCAGAAAGUCUGGAGGAUCCUGCAGAAGUGCCACGGUUUGUCCAUAGAAGGGUUUGUCCUUCCUUCUUCAACCACCAGAGAGAUGACACCAGGAGAGAUCAAGUUCUCCGUCCAUGUGGAGACGGUUUUGAACCGCGUCCCUCAGCCUGAGUACCGGCAGCUGCUGGUGGAGGCCAUCCUGGUUCUCACCAUGCUUGCCGACGUGGAGAUCCCGAGCAUCGGCUCCAUCAUCCACGUGGAGAAGAUCGUCCACCUGGCUAACGACAUGUUCUACAAGGAUCAGAGGGACCUGGGAGCAGAGGAGCACAUGCUGGAGAGGGACCCGUCCACCGGAGUGUGCAGGCUGCUGUACGACAGCGCCCCCAGUGGCCGCUUUGGGAGCAUGACCUACCUCACCAAGGCUGUGGCCGUGUACGUGCAGGACUUCCUGCCCAGCGGGUCGUGUGCGGUGCAGUGAGGGGACAGAGCAGGGGUGAAACUACAUGAAAACAAGUUAAAUCUAACAUUUCUCACGUUAAAAUAACAUUAACAGUACGUAAAUAGCAUCUGUUGAAUAUUGUCACCAUUAGAGUGUGUGAGAAACAAGUGAAGAGACACACGUUACAGUUUGAUGUAUUUAUGUGAGAAUCUGAUCAAACCUUCACAGCAGACUCACGUGAUUUGUCAUAUACGUCAAAAUAGUUAUUUAAAAACGUCACCAUGCAAAGUUUUCACUGUUUCGGCAUCUGCCUGUUACCUACAAGACACAACAACAACCUCCCAGUUAGCAACCUAUACGCUGAUCUGUCUCACCUGGUCGCUAACGGUACAAACAUAAAUAAGCUAGCAGGGCUCGCCUACCCUGACACCCCUUUGCAGGGGCUCCGUCCCUGCAUUGUGAUUGGUUUAAAUAAGUACAAACAAACCACAGUGCCCCCCCGUACCAGAAUGAUAAUGUCUUCACCAGAACCAACAAUGUAUGAGGAGUCAGCUGUGUUUUUGUUUGGGACUGUCAAGGCUCUAGUCAUAAUGAAAGUCGCAAUGAGCCACUCGAUGACCUCUUCCUUCAUUAUUUUUAACAGUUUCUGAACAACAGUGGAGCUCUAUGGCACAUAUCAGACUUGGGUUACAACCCUUGUUCAAUUCAUUGUUGGUUUUGGUCUUUUUAUGGGAUUUGUUGACAGUAAUUUAAUGGGAAAUGAGUUGAAUGUAUUGAUUUGACCAGUGGGAAAGAACGUGAUUUGUGGCCCUUCAUAGAGUAAUGGAGGUUCUUGACAGCUGAGUCACUGCUGGCUGACGUUUUCAGCCAGAAAACACGCAGUUUUCAUAUUUUUCACGCCAUCUUUAACUCAAAAACAAACCAUCGUUGACUUAGCAGCUCAUGUUACUUUACCUCCAGUACAACAAACAAGCUGUAUGAUGUUUGAGAUAACGACAAAUAUCAGCUAAUCUAUCGACUAUUUAUUUUACUGAAUGUUAAUUAAAGCUAAAAUAUGAGAUGUCAGAUGUGUCUUAAAGAGCACAUUUGCCGGUUUGGGAGUUUUUUUAGUUUUUUUUUUUCAAAGCCUUAAUAUAGUUGCACUUAAAAAUAUGUGAAUGAAACUACAGGAGUGCUGUUUUGCAGACUGGGAGAUGUGUAGUAAUGUGUAGUAAUUGAAACCACCUUAUUUUUUAACACAUGAAGAACUUGACGUGUUGAUUUGCUGUAAAUUGAAGAGGUUUCAGCAUGCAGUGGACUUCUUUUUGAAUGCAGUGAUCUCUAAGUGCAAUUCAGAUUUCUGUCCUCUUCAGAACGGAAACGCCUUAAACUGUAAUUUGAGUUAUUUUAGUGUAAUUGCAUUAAAACUUAUGGCCAUUUACUUACAAUUGUUUGACAUUUAACUGUUUGCUGCACAAAAGUUUUCAGGAGCAUUGUGAGACAAAUGAAAGAUGUUACAGGGAAAAGAUGAGGGUGAUUCAGUAACACACAUGUUUUAACUUGUUGUAAGCUGUGAUAUUUGACGAUGUGAGCACCACACUCCAUUUAAAUUACAAUCAUGGCAGAAUGAGCGUGAGUCACCUCUCCAUCAUAUAUUAAAGUCUGAAAACAUCAUCCACUGAACGACUGUUGGCUGUUUCCUGCUGUUUUUGAAAGUCAUUCUUUAAUAAAACUGAGCGUUUGUUAUCUAA